CGACGCUCCCCGUGACGCCUCGACCGGAAUCACAGUACGCGAAAACCGGCCACAUGCGCUCUCACAUCGUGCCCAUGCCCCCUGGAAAACGGCAGCAGUGUUGUUGUUUUACGCACCGUGUCGACCACCGCCGUUGAUGGGCUCCUGGGUGUCUUUACCAAAUCCUUGUGUGUUUAUAGUCCUCUCCAGCUGAGCAGCACUUAGUAACGGGAGGCUGCAAGAAGCGGGACAACACCAUGAAGUUGUCCGUCCACCUCCUCCUCUUCCUGUCGGUGUCUUGUCCGCUGUCCGACUUCAGCAUCGCCGCUCAGAAUGAGUUCGUGUCCUUGGCGGAGAUGGAGGACGCCCUGCUCAAGAACCUUUUCCAAGGAUACCAGCGCUGGGUGAGGCCCAUCCAGCGUGCCAACGACACCAUAAGAGUGCGCUUUGGACUCAAGAUCUCUCAGCUGGUUGACGUGGAUGAGAAAAACCAACUAAUGACAACUAAUGUGUGGCUGUGCCAGGAGUGGAUUGAUUACAAGCUGCGAUGGAAUCCAGAUAAAUAUGGAGGAAUCACCUCCAUCAGAGUUCCCUCAGAGAACAUCUGGCUCCCAGACAUCGUCCUGUAUGAGAACGCUGACGGGCGGUUUGAAGGAUCCCUGAUGACCAAAGCUAUUGUCAAGUUCAAUGGUGCCAUCACCUGGACGCCGCCUGCCAGUUACAAAUCCGCUUGCACCAUGGACGUCACCUUUUUCCCCUUCGACCGCCAGAACUGCUCCAUGAAGUUUGGGUCCUGGACCUACGACGGCAACAUGGUGGAUUUGGUUCUGAUGGACAAUCAGGUUGAUCGGAAAGACUUCUUCGAUAACGGAGAGUGGGAAAUACUCAGUGCCACGGGCGCAAAGGGAAACAGGAAGGAUGGCUUGUAUUCCUACCCCUUCAUCACAUACUCCUUCAUCCUGAAGAGGCUGCCGUUGUUCUACACGCUCUUCCUGAUCAUCCCAUGUCUGGGUUUGUCCUUCCUGACCGUCCUGGUGUUUUACCUCCCGUCUGAUGAGGGAGAGAAGCUGUCGCUCUCCACCUCCGUACUCGUGUCGCUCACUGUGUUCCUCCUGGUCAUUGAAGAAAUCAUUCCCUCUUCUUCCAAGGUGAUCCCGCUCAUCGGAGAGUACCUGCUCUUCAUCAUGAUCUUCGUCACCCUCUCCAUCAUCGUGACCGUCUUUGUCAUAAACGUGCACCACCGCUCGUCGGCCACCUACCACCCCAUGUCGCCGUGGGUCCGGAACCUUUUCCUUCAGACGCUGCCUAGAUUGCUGUGCAUGCGAGGACACAUCGACCGCUACCACUACCCGGAGCUGGCUCCCGAAAGCCCCGAGCUGAAGUCUCGCUCUGGAGGUAGGAGAGGAGGAGGCCAGAGGACAAACAGUGGAGCCCAUGGGCAAAUGACUUCUGAGGGGAAGGAGGACGAGGCCUGGGCCACCAUGCUGGAGAAAGCUAUCUAUUCAGUGCGCUACAUCAGCAGACAUAUCCGCAAAGAGCACUUCAUCCGCGAGGUGGUACAAGACUGGAAGUUUGUGGCGCAGGUGUUAGACAGGAUCUUCCUGUGGGCUUUCCUCACCGUCUCAGUACUAGGCACCAUCCUGAUCUUCACCCCAGCUCUGCACAUGUUCCUGAAAAUCCCUCCACCAACUACUAGCGAGGAUCCACCAUCAAACUAGGAGCCAAACCCAGACGCUUUCACAGGCAAUCAAUGGCCUGCCUGUAAAACACGUUACCACGGAGCAGGAGGACGCCAUCACGCCAUGUGCGUUUGACUGGAGCACUUUGUCUUCUUCUCUCGAUUCACUGUGUAAAAUGUUGUGUACAUCAAGUCACACCAUUACAUGUAUAUUUCUGUGCAUAUAAUGUUUCAGAUUGUCUUCACGACAUACCAUUUGGUUUGUGGGCCAGGAGACAGUCUCGGUGAAAGUUGGCAUCAAAGAAAUACAAAUGUCUAAAUUUAGAAUUCUACAGAAAAUAGCAGCGAGCUCAGAGUGCACAUGCUUGUCGUAUUCAAUCUGAAACUAAAUGAAACUUGGAAGUAAAGCAUAAAAAACAACCAGCUUUUUCAGCGUCCAAUCAGACUAUGAACACACUACAGACUUUACUAAGUCGAAGUCCUCAUUACUGUUUGUUUUUUUGACAUUUUCUAACUUUAUUUUGAUGCAUGUUGUUUUUUAGAAAAUCACAGUGCUGCAAAAUAAUCCCAUUGUCUCAACUGUUACAAUAUGUUUAUAUAAUUAUUCUGUCCCUAUCACCUGCCAUUUAAAUGAAGCACACAUGCAACUUAUUGUAAUCACUUUUUCGAAGUGUCUAAAUAUUCUCCAAUGAAGUACCUCUAAAGGUACCAACAGGUUUCAAACUACCUGACACUUUUAUUAGAAAUCGUUUGCAAAAUAUCUGAAGAAUACACAUUAGUCAUCCUUUGCAAAUGCGAAAUUUAAAGUUAAAUUACAAAGUGUCUCAAAACUACGAUAUUUGCAUUGUUCAGCCAUGCUUCUUCACAGUCAUAAAUGAUGAUAUGCUACUACUUAUCUUUACUGUAAUUGUGCAUAAUAUUAUACAAAAACCAGUUACAGAUUUUGCAUAGCAAGUGCUACAAAUAUAUGGAGGAAAUGAGAUCCAUAAAGGAAUAUAUGCAGCUGACAGCACCACCCAGUGGUAAACUUGAGAGAACACUUUUUUAUUUUCCACAGCAAUUUCUGAAAUCCAUGCAUUAAAUAACUGUCAUUUCAAUCAGUUUACCAAAAGCAAUAGAGCAGUAAAAGCAAUAAAAUCUGUAAUAAAGGCUA